AUGACGUCGACCUCUGAAGCGAUGAUGGCAACGAAGCAUCAGCUUCGCGACGGCGUAGACUUGUUGUACUCUCGCGGCUGCGCCACCGCUGAGACCUACACGCCGCUUGUGCUCGAAUGCGUACGAGCCGACGAUGUUUCCCAAGCCAAGAGACUGCAAUCUCACAUGGAUCUUCACUUGUUUCAGCCCACCAAGACUUUCCUCCAUAAUAGGAUCCUACAGCUCUAUGCCAAAUCCGGGAACCUUGGUGACGCUCGAGACCUGUUUGACAAAAUGCCCAAGAAAGACGUUUACUCAUGGAACGCCAUGCUUUCUGCUUAUGCAAAAUCUGGGUCUGUUGAGGAGUUGGGGACAAUCUUCGAUCAGAUGCCUUCUCGCGAUUUGGUCUCCUACAAUACCGUGAUUGCUGGUGCGACGGCAAAUGGGUGUUGGGGCAAGGCGUUUGAGGUUUUUGUUAAAAUGCAAGAGGAAGGGUUUGAGCCGUCAGAGCAUACAUUUGUGAGCGUGUUAAAAGCGUGCACCAGGUUGCUGGGGUUUAGGCUUGGGAAGCAAAUUCAUGGGAGAGUAGUUGUAGGCAAUAUGGAAGGGAAUGUUUUUCUUUGGAAUGCGUUGAUCGAUAUGUAUGCCAAAUGUGGUGACAUUGAUCGGGCUCGUUGGUUGUUUGACUGGUUGGUUGGCAAGAAUGCGGUGUCUUGGAACUUGAUAAUUUCUGGCUACUUAAAAAAUGGGCAACCAGAGAAAUGCAUUGAUUUGUUUCAUGAAAUGCAAUCGUCAGGGUUGAAACCUGACCAGGUUACGGUGUCAAAUAUUCUCCGUGCUUACUUUCAGAGCGGUAAUAUAGUCGAAGCAAGGAAGGUAUUUGAUGAGAUUAGGGAGAAGGAUAAGAUUUGUUGGACAACAAUGAUAGUUGGUUAUGCACAGAAUGGCAGAGAAGAGGAUGCUCUGAUAUUGUUUGGUGAGAUGCUAUUGGAAAAUGUCAGACCUGAUAGUUUUACCAUCUCGAGCGUAGUUAGUUCGUGCGCCAAAUUAUCAUCUUUGUGUUAUGGCCAGGUUGUUCAUGGAAACGCAGUUCAUAUGGGAGUUGCUGAUCAAUUGCUUGUGUCUAGUGCGCUUGUUGAUAUGUAUUGCAAAUGUGGAGUUACUGCAGAUGCUUGGGUGGUUUUCACACUAAUGCCAUUUCGAAAUGUGGUUUCUUGGAACGCAAUGAUUACAGGUUAUGCACAAAAUGGGAAAGAUCUAGAGGCCUUGGCCCUCUAUGAGAACAUGUUACAAGGAAACAUAGUUCCAAAUAAUGUUACUUUCAUAGGUGUUUUAUCAGCUUGUGUCCAUGCUAAUUUGAUUGAACGAGGACAGAAGUAUUUUGAUUCAAUUAGUGAACGAAGUGGUAUGGAACCCACUAUUGAUCAUUAUGCCUGUAUGGUCUGUCUCCUUGGUCAUUCAGGUUACAUAAACAAAGCAGUAGAUCUUAUCAGAAGUAUGCCCCAUGAACCGAAUAGCUUGAUUUGGUCCACUCUUCUAUCUGUUUGCGCAAUGACAGGCGAUAUCGAACACGGGGAGAUGGCAGCUAGACAUCUCUUUGAAUUGGAGCCACUCGGUGCUGGACCUUACAUCAUGCUUUCCAACAUGUAUGCUACUUGUGGAAGAUGGAAAGAUGUGGCAUGCAUGAGGUCUCUCAUGAAGGACAGGAAUGUUAAGAAGUCUGCUGCUUACAGUUGGAUUGAGAUUGAUAACGAGGUUCACAAAUUCGCAUCAGAAGAUCGAACUCAUCCCGAAGCAAAAGAAAUAUAUGAAGAGCUGAACACACUGAUUAGGAAACUGCAGGAAACUGGGUUUACUCCUGACACAAAACUGGUGCUUCAUGAUGUUGGGGAGGAGGAGAAAUUUGAGUCCAUCUGUUAUCACAGUGAGAAACUUGCUCUUGCAUUUGGUUUAACCAAAAAACCUCAUGGAAGUAUACCAAUAAGAAUUAUAAAGAACAUUCGUGUUUGUGGUGAUUGCCAUGAGUUUAUGAAGCUUGUGUCUCAAGCUACUGGACGGCUCAUCAUCUUAAGAGAUUCAAAAAGAUUUCAUCAUUUUAUUGAUGGGCAUUGCUCCUGCAAGAACUGCUGGUAAUAAAAAGGCUCUGGCAGAACGAAAGUAAAGAACUCAAUGCGGAUCAUAUGACCAUAUCUGGCAGGGAUGGAUGUUUCUUUCCUGGUAGGCUCUGUACUGAAGCCUAACUAAAUAGGGCCAAGAUCCAGUUGAUCUAAUUCUAAGUGCCGUUGAGCCCAAUUUAAACAGCACCAAGGGGAGAGUGCGCAAGAGCCCAUACCUGUAGGAGAAGAACAAGCAGCUGGAGUCAUUCUAUAGUGAGGGUUUUAUAUAUGGCCCUUAGGUGAGGCCCUAUAUCUUAAUCGUUGGAUCAUGUUAACCAAUUUGAUCCAUCGGCCAAUCAAUUUAAUCAAACGAUUAAGAGAUAUGGUCUUACCUAAGGACUAUAUACAAGGCCUUCAUUAUAAAAUGACUUAGUCAAAAGAUCAUUAAGGAUUGCCUUAUAGCAAGGCCCAACCCGCCAUACC